CCCAUGCCAGAGGAAAGCUUCUCUUCAAUACCUUGGCCUCGUGCUUUGUUUGUCUGGCUCAAAAACUGGAUCUUCAGGAAUGCCUCAGUCCUGAAAAGCUGUUCACGUGAAAAAUCUCUCUUUAAAAAAUGCUUUCUUGAGAGGAAUUGUUAUUACAGCCACAUCACAUUUGAGCCAAACUCGUGGCCAGUUUCUCCAUAACCAGGUAAAUCAAGCCCUGCUCUGUCCUUCCAGAUCCUAAAUCUGAUCCUCCCCAAUCCAGAGUAACCAUAUAUAUACAUAUAUUCAGGAUGCUCAACUGCAGUGCUGAAAGUCCCUGUUUCCCAUGGUAUUAACUCUCUGGCUGCUCAGUGUGUUCCCACCUUGGCAAUAAGACACCUUGCACAGGGGCAGUAGGAUGAUCUCAGUGUAUUAGUGUGCCCCAAACUGCUGCUUCUUCAAACACACAUCCCUGGCAUGUCCCAUGGAUGGUUUGCUCCACACAAUGGGACUCCUAUGAGAUUGGGGUCCAAGGGCAUUGUGGUUGCACUGUCAUGGACCAGGAAGGCACCAAAGAGCUGCAGAAUAGGGGGCAGAGCUUGAGCAGUGCCAAGGGACAGGAGGUGCCAAGUGCCACAUCGUUUGCCAGCCUGUGGCCAUUUUUACCAUGUCCUCCUUGACAGAAGAAUUCAAGCUUAGGAAAGCCACUGCAACUGCAGUCUUCAGUCUGGUAUGUCUCAUCCUAGGACAAGAGACCAGCAAGUUGCAAUCUAGAUUUUAAUGUGAAAGGGCAGCCACCAGAACCCCAUAGUGUUGGCAGUGUUUCCCAGUUCACCCACAGCCUCCUACUGCAGCAGACCAGUCUUCCCUCCAUGCUCUGUGUGCUGAGGCCCCUUCAGUCUCUACUAUUGUGAUCACAAACACUGAGAUCUACCUCGAGGAUUAGUCUUUUGUUUUCUGUUAAGAUCAAGUCUUUCCGACACAUGUGAACAAGGUAGGUUUUGUUGGCUUCUGGAUAAGCAGUAAGGUUUCCUCUUCUUUGUGACUGUUGUAGCUUGUGGCUGUUGUUACAGGCGUGGUGUAAGGUGUUGUUUAGGCUGUUCUUCUGCACCGUCAUCUCCCCAAGGCAAGUUCUCCUCCCUCCUCACCAUUCACCUCCAGCCCUGCCCUAGGAGAUGCCAACCAAACAAAAGCCAGGUCCCUUUGGACACCUCAUUAUUUCGGUUUACCAAUGGCAUUGCCUUACCUCCCUUGGCAAUUUUGCCAUAGGUGUUUGUGACUUCUCAUUUUCCAUGCUCUUAACUCUCAGAGGCUGUUCUUUAUCUGCAUCCUUGCAUCUUUCUUUCAGAAAGGUUUGUUUUACAGCAAAAGCAAAAGUUACAGUCCUCUCCCCAUGCCCAGAGAUGUCUAUUGGUGGCUUAUUGGCCUUAAGGCAUCUACACACACAGGAUCCUGCAGUGCAAAUGUCUGCUCCUGACUCAUCGACAUACCAAUAAAAGCAACUGUUGAUUGGACAGACAAGACAGCAAAACACUAAGCUCUUAAACUGUCAUUAGACACCAGAAUGUCUCUGAUUCAAAGUCUGGGAAGAGUUAAAAGAUGCUGAUGGAGGUGUUAGUAUCACUGAAAUAUCAGCACAGGGAUUUUGGUCCAGCUCUCCCAUUGCUCCUAGAAAAUGUAGUCACUGGGUAGGAACUAGGGACUGGAAGAGAAUUUAGAGCAGUUUCCUAAUUUCUUGAGUCUUGGCUAGGCCUUCAUGGUUUUAGACUGGCUCUAUAAGGUUCUUUUUUUGUGGCCCUUCUCAGAUGUCUAGCUCUAAUGAAGAGUAAUAAAGGCCUUGGAUUGUGGAAGUGGUUAAGUCAUUUCUGGUAGCACUUUGUCCUAGAGGGUGGUCGAGGUCUCCAGGGUUAUCUAAAGCCAUUUUUAACUUUAAAACCCAAGGGUUGAUAUGACAGUUGUUGCUGAGGGUGUUUGAGAGCUAGAAGGAAGAGCUCAGAGGAUGGCAAGAAGGGUCUGGUUUCCUCAGACCUCUCUUUAAUCCCUUCAAAUGGCCCUUUAGCUUAUUUGACUCUUCUCAGUGUCUUUAGGAGCAAUAUCAGACUGGUGAGUACAGGGCAGUUGCCACUGAAAUGACCCACCUGGGCUCCUGGUGUCUUCUGAUGGUCUUUUUUUGGGGACUUCUUCUGGAAGUCCACAUUAAAACCUCCAAGGAUCAUGCUCGCUGGCUGUGAGCUGCGUGGCACAGCCCAAGUGAUAGCAUUGCCUUUUGUAAAAAUAUUUUAGGGAAACUCUUUCCUGGAUUUUCUUUAACACAGUUGGAGCUCCCAAAGUGCUCUGCAAAAAUGUGAUGUGACAGAAGCCAACAUGAGUCACGGAUAGGAUGGAAAGAACCAAAGAACCUAACCAUAGAAUCAUACAAUCACCAUAACACCAUACAGUGUAACACCAUAUGAUGUGCCAUGUAAAGGUUGAUGCUGAAACCCAUGGUCUCUUUGAGAGUCCAAACCAGUGGCUCUAUCCGAAAGAUGCCACAGCAUGCUUGCAGGAGUUAGGCCCUUUCCAUGGAACGUCUGAAGUCAUGACGGUGGUUUAGCCAUCUUUUCAUGGUGCAUGGCAGAGGGGCACAUGGUUUGGCAUGGCAGCUCUGUUUGGGAUCCACAGCCUCUUGAAAGCACCCUGCAAAGAGGAAUGCAUUCAUGCAUCUCCUCUUUUAUCCCAUCUGCUGCCUGGAGAACCCACCAACACAGCACAGGUGCUCUGGAUAUAACCAUACCCAGCAGUUUUUAGGGAAUGAGCAGCCCCAGGUUAGGCAUAGCAGUCGCGUUGGUGCUCACGUGGACUAAGAGCAUCUCUACAGCACCUGGAAGAGCUUGCUUGCAUCUUGGAUAUGCUCCUCCACCUGGCCCAAACAGACCAACAUUAAGGCCCAGGUUGUGUUCACAUCCCCAUUUCCCAGAAACAUUGAGUAAAAGUGAAGUCCAUGCAUGAGCCCCUUCUCCAACAACAGUCCAGUCUUUCUGAGGGCAGCAGACCUAUGCUGAGCUGUUGGUGCCCACCAAGGCUUCCUGCCAGCAGUGCCACCCAGCAGAAGACAUGGGGUCCUGACUGUGAGUCAAACACAAACCCUUGUAGAGGUGAACAGCCACACGUGGUGCCAAAUGGCCAUGAGCGCAGCCAGCAGGGCAAGAUAAAAUGUUCUUCUCCUCCAGCUGGCACUUGUGACUCCUCAUGUGGGACUUGUCCACUUUUGGGGUCUCCAGACACCAGAGAGAUGGUUUUGUGUGGCCAGGAGAAGACAAAGGAGGAGCUUUUUGCUGUUUGCAGCUACCAAACAGGAGGGUACAGGCAAGACAGAGCCAGAUUUGAGCACAAUCACUGGACAAAAUUCAACAGCGCAACAGCAGCAUGGGAAAUGAGAUAUAAAGGGGAAAAAAAGAAAUAUCUUCAGUAUGAGCGUGUUCUAAUACUAGGGUACAGAGAGCUCCAUUCACAGAGGUGCUCAGAGCUGGGAUUGACAAAGCACCAGGCAUUCUGGUUUAACCAUAAGGUCCCACUUUGAGUAGAAGGUUGGAGCAGACUCCUCCAGAUCCUGCUUCCAACAUGAAUGAUCGCACGAACUGAUAUUAUGAGAAUACACUGGCACCGACACCUGCAGGAUGGUUGCCCUGGCUGUGCACCUUCAUUUAGGGAUAACGAGCUGCACUUUGGCUUGCCUGAGCGGUUGUCAGGGAGGUUGCCAGGGAGGCUGACAUCAGAUAUCCCUUCCCUAUAGAUUAUCUUGCACAGCAGCACCAUCAGUUCCUAAUCUGCAAACGAGAUGGGAGGGCACCCAGUGGAAGCCCUGGAGGGUGUUUUGCGUCACUGCCCUGGGUUGCCUAGCACCGCUGGGACCGUGGAGAAGGGGCACCAGAAUUUUUACCCCUGCGUGUCCUAUCUGGGAGCCAAACAUUGCUGAGGACAUAGCAGAGGAGCAGAGGAGCAGAGGAGGAGAUGGCAGCUGAGGCAGGGGAGCUGAAGCUGCCCUUCGUCCACGAUGACCAGCUCACCCAGUGCAUGCGCCUGAGAGCCCAGAGCCUGCAGCAGAAAAACGCGAGGCCUCAGGAUGGUGAGAAGCUGCUGCAUCCCAACGAGCACGUCUACAGGGUGGAUUUCAUCCGGCAGCACAACCUGCGCUUCCUCCGCUGGGACAUACAGCUGGAGAGAUCCGGGAAGGUGACGGUGACCGGCACCUCUCAGCACUGGACUCCUGACCUCACCCACCUGAUGAACCGGCAGCUGCUGGAGCCAGUGGGCAUCUUCUGGAAGAAACCAGGGGCCAAGGAGGUGGAGUGCAAUGAGGCUGAUGCCCAGGAAUUUGGGGAACGGCUCGUGGAGUUAGCCAAGAUCCGCAAGGUGAUGUAUUUCCUCUUUGCUUUCACUGACGGCCUUGAACCUGCUCAGCUGAAGGGCUCCAUCGUUUUUAAAGCCUGAUUCCCUCUAGCUUGGCCCUUCUUGCUCAGCUGUGCUUUGUAUUCAUUUUUCUUUUGUUCAGUUCUCGGUUGUUUCUAUGUGGUUCUUCAUUGAAGGAUGGCAUAACAAAACGGUGGAGAACAUCUUGGCACUUUUGGAGCUCCUCACUCCUGAGACACAUUCCCUGACAUGCUUUCCUCAGUCGGAACAAAGGGGAAGAGGGAGGAUGAGCCAUGGAUGCUUGCUGCUUUAUUUGCCUAGAGUAUAAUUCUGCAUGCUUGUGAGGUCAGGGAUUCACCAAGCCUGACUGGCAGAGUCUUUCUUGCUUGGAAAUGUUUGGCUGCUCUUACCCUUCCAACCAUAGCACCUGGAUACAAAACACCUGAUGGAAAAAUAAAUUGCCACACUGCAAACAGGGGAUGCAUCCUGAAGAGAAUGCUGCCUUCCAUUUUCCAUCCCAGCCAUCUAAAAAGGAGGCUUGUUUGAGAUGGAUCCUUGCUAGGAUGCUGACUGUGACUGUGACUGCUCCAUGUCUCUGAAGACCAGGCCUAUGGAAGCUCACCUUACCGUGAAGCUGGAGUACCUUCAGACAUGCUGUAUUCAGCAGUUUGCCAACCCACUGGACAGAAAAUAGGAGGGUGGACCUUUCUUUUCCUGACAGCUUUCACUGUUUAAUACUGGGGGUCAAGGUGGGGAGGUGUGCUCAAGCAUGUUGCCCGGCUCUUGCUGCCUAUAUUUUUGUAGGUCUGAGCCAGCAGCUAGUCCCCUGCAGCAAAACCAAUCUGUGCAUGAUUAUGGCCUUAAAACACCCAGGAAUAUAUUUAUCCUCAAGCGUCAUGGCCAACUUGGAUGGGGCAUUGAGCAACCUGGUCUAGUGGAAGGUGUCUCUGCCCAUGGCAUGGUGGUUGGAACUAGGUGACCUCUAAAGUCCUUUCCAACCCAAAUCCUUCUUUGAUUCUAUGAUCUAUAGAGAGCACUUUGCAGACCACAUCCAGGACAUUUUGUUCCUGUCUCAUCCAAUGACUGUGAUAAACUGCUAACUUUGGUCAUCCCCUUGUCCUUCACCAGAAAGUACUUUAGUGAAGCUUCUUGAGAUUCACAGGUAGAUAUGUCCUUUGAAAAAGUGAAGUAUUUUUAUGAUUGGUUUGCACCCAAAUGGGGGUGAGCAUUCCUUAAGGUAUGAACUGAGGUUUUCCUAAGGCGUGUAAGGAGAGGGCAGUGAUGGGAAAACCAGGAUGAGAUGGCACAAUACCCAUGGCCUACUGAUUGUGCAGACCAUCCCCAGAAGAGUCCAUCCUCUUCUCCAGAUCCCAUAGAGAUGCUGGACUCCAUGCCCUCUCUAGCCCAAUGACAGUGUAUAAAAUGAUAUGCACAAGUUGUAUCAGAGAGAGGGGGAAAGUCAAACAGGAGGUGGGGAGAAGGUGGGAGCUUUGAGUCAUGCCUGCAGCCAGAGUUCAACAACCACUGAACCAUACGGCCAUGCCACGGGCAGUGCUGGAGAAGCUGAUGUCAUUGUUUAUAGCCCAAGAUAUUCUGUAUUCAGUGAAGAGAAAUAAAAGGGGACCCAUCCCUGCUUGGCUAUAACACAGACCCCUUGUGGAUCAAACCCAGUUCUAGGGUAUCAAAACAGUCUCCUUUCCUAUAGGAGAACCUUCUUUAUACAUCCCAGAACAAAGCCCUUGAGUGCAAACCAGAUUAGACCCCAUAACUGGAGUCACUGCCAACUUCCAAAAGGGUUUUUGCAUGCCAGGUCUCAGAAUAUGUCAUUGCUACAUUGCUGUUUGCUCAGUUAGAGUUCCUGCAGCAGGUACCUCGCUUGGUAUUGAUGUGCCACAGUAAAUAAAAGCCUUAUCAGCUGGUUUCCCCUCAAGGAUCAAGGCUGUGCAUAUUUUCUUGACUCCCUAUUUGUUAGUUGCCCCAGUCCUGCGUGCAAUAAAGCAGAACCCACCAAUUUCCAAGUCAUUGCUGGUAUUUUUGAUAACCUUCUUCUCUGUAAAAAAAAAGUAAAAUGAACAUUUACCUUCUUCCCGGCGUGAAAGGCUAAAUGGAGCAUUUAGCAGCUGGAUCUCACCUUUCCAUCAGAGCUGGGAGUGGGAGGUGAAUGGGGCGCUCUGAUUCCUCUCUCCCACAGGGCAGAUGAUCCAGUUUAUGCCUACUCCCUACAACAUUUUCGUGCCCUAUAAAGGCUUUCAGAUACACCACUCUGUCCCAUCUCCUGGGGAAAUUCCAUCCUGGUUUGUUCAGCAAAUUGACACAGCAGGUUCCCCUCCUCCCUGUCCUCAGCUGGAAAGUUCCCAGUAGAAUAGCUCCUUCUUGGAGGAAUCAGCACCUACUCAUUCCUCCUUCAAGUCCUGGUGUUUCUCCAGAGUCAUAGGUGCCUUGUCUGAUAAUUAGCCACUCCCAAGUAAGAAAAAUUCUACAUCAGCUUAGGGAAAUGUCACUUGCAUUACCUCAGUGCAACCAAGCUGAGUCCAGGACUCGGUAGGAUCCCAGGAUGAGUGAUCAAGGGCACGCUGUCCAGUAACCGCUGAGGCGAGGUGAGUUAUCUGAGGAGGGUUCCUGGGGGUGGAUUGGAGCUGUGGAUCUCAUUUAUAUGACUGUCUUCUGCUUAAUCCUUUAGGGAAUAUGCAGUGCGAGGCCACAGGCAGAGUUGUGGUGUGGGCCUUGAAGCAUGGCUGUCCUGAGGCUGGUGUCCCAGUAGGCAUCAUGCCUGGAGCUGCCACCUCACCCCUGUUGUGCCAGUGGGUGUAGGAGAUGGCCCCUCUCUGGCCCACAGACACUACUGUCCUUGUUAUACCCUCCUCAUGCACACUGGAUCUAGGUGUCCUCAGAAAUUCACCAUAUCAUAACGUCACUAAGGUUGGAAAAGACCUCUAAGACCAUCUAGUCCAACCGUCCCCUUACCACCAGUACUGCCCACUAAACCAUGUCCCUUAGUACCACAUCUCCACAGUUCUUGAACAC